UUUUUACUUUUGAUCUCCAUGCUGAUGUUAUCUCUUUAUGGUUAUCUCUUUUGAAUUAUUAAGGCGGCACACACCCAACUGGGAUACAGCGCUGCCUGGAGAGUCAAACUGUGGGGAUGAAAACCCCGAACAGUUAAGCUCCUCCCCGCCUUCACCGAGAAACAAACAGCACCGUCCUGCUCCGCUGACGGUGUGAAUAUGGCGGCAAGCGAUGUCCAAGACAUUGUUAACCGCUGGAUACUUGACUAUUAUUUCGCUUUGGCAAUAGAGCUGUUUAGAAACCAACAAUAUGCGGAAUUUUGUGCCAUAAGAGAGGUACUUGAAGGAGUCUUGGUCCGUCCUUUGGAGUCCUCUGAUGUCACGCCAACAAAGAUUCAUGUAUUGCAGUUUCUCUCCCGAAUAAAUGAUGGGGAAAAACUUGACCUGAUAUUUGAGCCUGACCACUCAGUAACUCCUCUGGAAUCAGCCUUAAUGUUGCUGGAAAAAAUGAACCAGCAAUGCAGUGUGCCUGGGCAGAAUUUCGAGAAUGCAUGCACUUCACUUAAAGAGAUGAUGGUGUGGAUGUUCAUUAAGAACGAUCAGUUCGACAGAGCAGAAGAGGUGCUGAAAAAACACUUUCCCAGACCAAUGAUCGGCAAGAAAGCUAUAUUCAUGGGUCUCAUCAGGAAGAAGAGUAAAACACAUGAAGUCACCGAGCAACUCGACUUCCAGCAGUUCAAGGAGGAGAUGUUGACCUUUUGCCAGAGCCUCUGCCCAUUUAGUGUUCCCUUUCUUCUCAAGGCUGCAAAACAGCUUUCUGAGAAAAGACUUCAACAGCAAGACGACGAGGCGGCUGGCCCCGAUGAGCAAGACGAAACUGGCCCCGAUGAGCAAGAUGAAGCAGGCCCGUCCUCUAGUCCAGCAGUUGCUGUCCAGUCAAAGUUAACACUAUGUAAGCACAGAACAAUCCCGAGGGCCAGGCUGGAGGCGGCCUACAAGGCUUUGGCUGCAGGUUCAAAUGAGAGAACAUUUUCUGAGCUGGAGGAAGAGGUGGAGGUAGAGGAGCAGUCAAAAAAAGAAUUUUCCCUGCACCUUUCACAAACUCCCGCAAAGGGCACCGAUCAGGACACAGAGCAGGAUGGGCUAUUUCAGAGAGACUCAGGCAGCCCCAUGGAGGCCUCCCCAGCAGACCAACCACCACAAACAGACGCUGUUCCUCCAACACAGGCAGGUUCAGACUCAAGGUGCUGCCCAGUGCUGAAGAACAGGCGGCCUUACACUGUGGCAAGACUGGUGGUCGAGCCGGACAGCCAGGGGAGCUCGCAUUGCUCAGCAGCUUCACAGGAACUGGAGAUUGAUGUCAGAACAGAGGAGCCACCACAGUCACCGGCUAUAACUAAUAAUAAAGACCCACAGAGCCUAGGAACAGACACCGAGGUUACCACACACGUGCAGAAAGCGUCAACUAGUUUGGCAGAGUUGUCUGCAGACGGUGAGGAGGAUGCCCCUGUCUCUGUGGCCAACAGGGACAUUUCUGAGGGGAAAAGCCAGAACCAGUCCAACAGCUCACGUUGCAGAAACUCCAAGUCACACCAGUCGUCAUCAGACAGUGAGGAAGACCCACUGGAAUCACCGGCUCCCCGCAAAACCCCAGUGCGGAAACCUCGCAAACGACUGGCCAAGGAUCCUCACAGCAAAGAUCCAGAUGCCACAUGUGUGACAGAAUCUUCAUUGGAGAGCUCGCCCACUCUGUUCCCUCUUCGCUCGCCUGUCCCUGUCCCUCAAACAAGCUCCACUCCUCACAAGGACUCUGCACAAGACAAAGAUCCUUCAGGUUUAAAAUGGAAACAGCUGUUCAAUGCUGCCAAGGAGACUAAGGAUACAUGGAGCGAUGAAGAGUCAUAUUUCACCUCUAAACAGAAAGCAAGCGGGUCGCACAAUGAGAGCACCAUGUCAAAUUCAGGCAACAGGAAGAGGAGGUGGACUGAGAGUGAGACAAACAAGCUGAAGGAAGGGGUCAAAAGAUUCGGAGAGGGCAACUGGAGCAAGAUCAAGUCAUAUUACUCCUUCAACGAUCGAACAAACGUCAACCUUAAGGACAGAUGGAGAACCAUGAAGAAGUUAAAAUUGGUCUGAGUGGUUCAAGACAAGUUCAAGUGUUUGGAUGGACUUUUUACACCCCCACCAUUAUUUCUGUUGUUGAAAUGAAGUCCCCCCCUCCCCCCAGAGCCAUUAACGGUUAUUGCUCUUAUUUAGUUAAAUCGUUUCAGUUUUUUCUGGUUCAAUAAAUUU